AUGGGGUUCGCACUGGCUGCGAAAGCAGCAGCAGCAGCAGCAGCAGAGGCGGCCACCGUCCCUUUACCACUCGUCGCCCCCAGGCGGCACCACUUCCAGCUCCACCUCCGCCUCCUUCCGUCCAACAACAGCACCGUGGCUACCCCGACAGCCGCAACAUCGUCAAGAACAACGACAACAUCGAGGUGGCGGCGGAGGCAAUCACCAACACAACCUCCCGCCCAAGCUCUGCCGCCGCUGCUGCAACGCCCCCAAAAGCUAUCCACCAUGAAUAAACCACAGCCCCACCUUCCUAUCUCUAUCUCCACCACCCCCGAAACAGACCCACCUGCACCUGAUACCAGCAGCAUUAGCACUGAUGGGGAGGAUGCAGAACAAGGUGUCGUCCCGGAGACCUGUACCGCCACCGACGUCCUGCACCUCAUGGACGGCCUGCAACUCCCCAUCGAGGCGGACCUGUACCUGUCCCUCGUCAGGGAGUGCACCCACUCCAGGGACGCCUUCCAAGGCGCCCAGGUCCACGCCCACAUCCAGCGGAGCCGCCCCCGCCUCCUCCGCCGCGCGGCCGGCCUUCCCCUCGCCAACCGCCUGCUGCUCAUGUACGCCACCUGCGGUCAGGCGGACAGCGCCCGCCAUAUGUUCGACCGAAUGCCCUUCCGAGACCCCAUGUCGUGGGCCGCUAUGCUGGCCACCCUCGCCCACCACGGUGGCCACCGGGAAGCACUGCAGCUGUUCGCGGAGAUGCGCAAGUCGGCGGUGGAGGCCGGCGGUCGCUACUUGGACGCCCUCGUCCUUGUCACGACGCUCAGGUCAUGCGUUAGAGCGAGGGAGCUGGGACUCGCUCGGCAGGUGCAUGGGCUAGCCCUCAAGGUGCUGGGAGAAAGCGGUGCUAUUGGGUGCGGAGGGAUAGGCAGCUCCCUGCUUCAGUGCUACAGCAUGCUCGGAUGCCAUCAAAGCGCCCGGAGGGUCUUUGAAAGGAUGAGGAUCGGUUCGCGGGGUGCCGCGGCGUGGACGUGCAUGAUCACCGGAUGCUGCGGAGUGGGGCGGUUCGAGGAGGCUUUGUACGUCUUCAGGGAGAUGGGAAGAGCGGGGCACAGGAGGAACUCCCAUGUCGUCUCGAGCAUUCUCGCGGCAUGUGCGAGGAUAGGGGAUAGUGGCUGGGGCGGGAGGCAAGUCCACGCCAGCGCCGUCAAGCUCGGGGUGGACGCGGAUCGGUACGUGGGGAGCAGCCUGGUGGACAUGUAUGCCAAGCAUGGGCUCUUGAAAGACGCGAGGAGGGCAUUCGAAACGAUCGCUGGCUCCGGAGACCCCGUGUGCUGGAAUGCGAUGCUUGCCGGCUAUGCACGCGGAGGAUGCUGCUCCGAGGCAAUUAGCUUGCUUUACCAGAUGCGGGCAGCGGGAGUCAGGCCCAAGGAAUUGAUAGUCAACCAAGUAAGGAUGGCUUGUAGCACCUGA